GGGAGCCUCUCAUUGGGAAAACGGCGCACCAUCCGUGUGUGAUCCCCCCAGCGAUGGAGGGCCGGACGGCACGCUCGUGGAUUUUUGCCUGACAGGCACCAGAAGCUCCAGCACCGAUCUUUUCUGUCUUUUGGAUUAGCGUCGCAACAAGAAGAGAAGAAAUAAAAUAAAAAGAUGCCGUUCGCCAAACGGAUCGUGGAGCCGCAGCUGCUGUGCAGGCACCCCAUCCCCAACGACGAGGGCUUGCUUUUCGAGGACCUGCGCUCCGUCAGCAACGUGGUGCUCUCGCGCACCCUGCGCCAGCUCUCCGACCUGGCCAGGCACGCGUGCUCCGUCUUCCACGAGCUGGAGGGCGAGAUCGCAUCCACCAACCAGCGGCUGCGCGCGCUGCAGAGCAAAAUAGGGCAAAUCCAGCAGACGGCCAGCGCGCUCGACCCCAAACUGGAAGCCGUGCCGGUGUCUAAUCUGGACAUUGAAAGUAAAUUGACGUCACACUACCAGGCCCCUUGGCACCAGCAGCACAACGUGUUCCACCCCAGCACACGGCCGCCAUGUCUGGAAGAGCUGCACCGCCAUGCCCAGCUCAACCUGCGGGCACUGCACAGAGAUCAGCAGCAGCGUCAGCGUUCAACCAGCAGGGAGCGCAAUCGGGUCACCAUAUCCAUCUCUGUGGCACCACCCAUGCCCACAUUCCCCUCCCCUCAUUCCCUCAGGAGGCGGGACCAGAGGAGCCGACACGCCCGUAUGCGUGAGCGCUCACGUCCCUCCUCCCCUACUGUAUGCUGCCUCGUCCCCUGGAUCCGAAAGGCUGGGACCAAUACAAAUGCAGAUGGAGACUUGGUGGCAGUGGGCCACAGGCCAAAGUGUCCGGUUCCUAAUGUGCCCACCACACUGGACAAACAGACCAAUUGGUCAAAAGCUCUGCCACUCCCCACUCCAGAGGAAAGAAUGAAGAAUGAAUCUCAAGUCAUCUCCUCUUGCAUUAUCCCUAUCAACGUAACUGGUGUGGGAUUUGACCGGGAGGCAAGUGCCCGCUGCUCACUUGUUCACUCGCAGUCAGUGUUGCAGCGCCGAAGGAAGCUGAGGAGGCGGAAAACUAUCACAGGGAUUCCAAGACGAGUACAACAAGACAUGGAUUCGGAUGAAUCUCCUGUGGCCAGAGAGAGGACUGUAGUGGUCCACACCAAUCCACACAUGCCCCUGUGCCAGGAGGAGCUCUCACUCAGUGGCCGGACUCUAAACACCAAAGACUCUGGCUGCCAGACAGAUGACUUCUUGAUUGCUGCCCCAUCCCGGAGGCGCAUCCGUGCCCAGAGGGGCCAGGGAAUUCCAGCCUCCCUCUCCCAUUCCACUGGAAAUAUCACUUCCUUACCAGAUCGCUCCGAUACUAUGUACACUGCUGCAUCAGGCACUCGCCUGCGAUCCAGAAGUUUACCCCGAGAAGGAGGCCGACUUCGGGAUGAAGAUCAUGACGACAGUGACGAUGACGAUGAUGAUGAUGAUGAUGAUGAGGGUGAUGAAGAACUAUCUCCUUAUGAGGCUGAGGACUUUCUGCCAGGUCCAGGGCAGAGGAUUCUAAAGGACGAGGAGGAGAGCACAGAUGACCAAGCCAUGCCAGAGCUAAAGAGGAUGCAGCACACUGGUAGUCCUGAAAAUUCCUGGAUUGAGAGGGGCAGGUCCAGGCUCCCACGCAAAGCUGACAUGGGAAGCUGUGAGAUCUCCUCCAGUUCAGAUACUUUCAGCAGCCCUAUUCACUCUGUCUCCAACACGGGUGUGCUUGGGAGCCAGAUUGACCACAAGGAGGAUCAUCAGUCUUCAAGUGGCAACUGGAGUGGAAGCAGCUCCACAUGCCCUUCUCAGACCUCAGAGACAAUACCACCAGCUGCCUCACCUCCCCUGACUGGCUCCUCGCACUGUGAUUCAGAACUAUCCCUCAACACGGGGUCUCAUAUCAUUGACGAUACUACUGGCUUCAUCAUUGACCCCUACCACAUGGACCAGCCACAAGGCCAGGGCCACAGGUCUAGUUCCUUCACCUCCUCAGCCACAGAUCAGAUGGAUGAUGCGGGCGUCAGUACUGCUAGUGAUGGGGAGUGGAACUGCAACCAGGACCAGCAGGAUCAGCCUUGCCCCCAGGACUUCAGCCCAAAGCACUCAAGGGAAGAUGAGAGUGGCGUAAGCUGCCCUAGUUACUCCAGUGGUGAAACUUAUGAGAGCUUUAGUGGCCAACCACCAGCUGAGAAAUUGGAGAGCUCUUCACAUUACACCGUUGAAACUGAGGGCUUCUACACCUCCAUGCACUUUGACUGUGGUCUUAAAGGUAGCAGAAGCUAUUACAACUAUGCAGCCAUUGACCCUGACUGUGGCCCAAGUGGUAACAUUGCACCUGGAAUGGGUGAAUACCCUCAACCAGACUACAGAGGAAUGAGUACACUUGGAAGACAGUGUCUCUCCUUAAGAAAACCAAAGGCCAAGCCUCCCCCACCAAAACGUAGCUCUUCUUUAAAGGAAGCAAACAGCAGUGUGGACGUUCCAGAGCAGAACGAACCAAAGAUUACUAGUGAGCUGCCCCUGCCUUUGUCUUCCAGGGAGAUGAGGCUGCAGCUGGACUUGGCCGGUUCUGCCGGGCAGCUUGAUACUGCAGGUCUCUGUGAGGAGUCCCUUGGUGCCUGGGGUGUAGAGAAUGUCCGAGAAAUGCUGGACUGCUCCUCUCCAUUCAGUUCCUCUGACACACAUUCCUUCAAGGAUGAGGGUGCCAUACAGUCCGACUAUGCAGACCUCUGGCUCCUCAGUGACUUGAAAUCCAACGAUCCUUACAGGUCACUGUCCAACUCCAGCACUGCUACGGGUACAACUGUAAUUGAAUGCGUCAAGUCACCAGAGAGUGCAGAAACUCCAGCCUGUCGCCCCAGAUCCAGACCCACUUCACCAACACUUCCACCACCAGAAGGUGACUUUAAGCUGGGUUCUCCCGAAAAGCUUGCAGGGUUGGCAUCCCCUUCCAGUGGAUAUUCCAGUCAGUCAGAGACGCCUACAUCUUCCUUUCCUUCUGCAUUCUUCCCAGGUCCACUGUCCCCAAACACUGGCAAGAGGAAACCCAAAGUACCAGAGAGAAAGUCUUCACUUGCUUCUCUUCAGCAGCAGCCCCUUGCCCUCAGAGACCCAGGCUCUUCCUCCAGGAGGGAUACUGACUCCCAGGCCAUACCUCCCAGUCACCUUGACCUAAGUGCUCUUCACUGCAAGCCCUUUGCCCACAGGAACCAGAUGCACAUCCUUCAUCAGAACAAGCAGAAAGCGGCCGCAGCAGCUGCUGCAGCAGCAGAGGCUCGUGCUGCUGCCGCAGCUGCAGCAGCAGCAAUUACAGAAGCAUCUAGCUCAACCCACCUGGCCAUCACUCCAACUGUUCUGAGGUCGGUCCAACUGCGAUCCAUUGGUAAACCAGCUGAGGGGAACCUGGGGCAGGAGCAGUCUUCUGAUCCAUCAACUCGACCUAAGUGUCCCACAGUAACUAUAGAGACUCCACCUUCUGACAAUAGGCAUAACAGGAAACCACCAGCCUACAAACCACCUGCUGUACAGCACUGUGAGCCCCAGCUUUCUCUUAACGAGGCCAUCGUAACACCACAUGAGGGGGUGAAAGUCAGGCAGGAGAGGUAUGGCCCAGGAACCUAUUGGGCAAUGACAGCUUUCAGAACACCUGUGGAACCAACCAGUGAACAAGAUGAGCUGUCAGCUCAAACAUCCCAGGGCCCUGAGACCCACAGUGCUCAGCAGGAACCAGAGUUCAACCGGUAUCCGGAUGAGGAAACAGAAUUACCAGUGGAAAGUGCCAAACCUGAACAGAGUGAAGCACCCCGGCCAGAUCCUCCAGCAGAACCCUCCUUGUGUUUAAACAGCACAAUGUCCCCUCCUGCUUACAGUGAAAUACACAGGAGUGACUUUGUACUGUGCAACAGCCCUGACAAAGUGCCUGCUAGAAAUUCAGAAGCAUCAUCGCACACUUACACAAUCAGCGAUGCCAGAAGCAAAGAGGAGGAGUAUGAGACAUCAGGUGUCACUACCAGAAGUGCCUCACAAGAUGGACGCGAGGAUGGAUCAACUCCAGAUACAGAGGACUACUUCAGCAAAGACUCAACUCCCAGUGACAAUUCAAUUUCUCCUCUGACUGAUGAUUCAAAGCCAGAUGACGAUAGUAUAUUCCCUUCUCCUAACAAGCUACGCACAACUGAGGACCUGUUUGCCAUGAUCCAUAGAUCAAAGAGAAAAGUUCUUGGACGGAAAGACUCAGGGGAGCUCAGUGGAAAAAGUCGUCUUGGUGUUGCUCCUGUGACUGCCCCUGUAAGUAAUCCUGUCACAUGCCCCACCAUUCCAGCUGCUGCCCCAACUCCCCCUGCUGGUUCCCAACGAGCCCCAGGACCCAUUUACAGGAGUGCCAAAAAAUCCAGCACCUCAAACGAGGAGUUCAAGCUACUGCUGCUGAAGAAGGGCAGUCGCACCGACUCUAGCUAUCGCAUGUCAGCCACUGAAAUCCUCAAAAGCCCCAUCACCCCCAAGUCCCCAGGGGAACUGUUACUGGAGGCUGCCAGGCAACCAGAGGAACCCCCUUCACCGCUGCAGGAGUCUCCUUCCAGUGCAGAGCCCCUCCCCAGUCCUUUCCCCAAGGCGAACACUGAGGGGUUCUCCACAAAAACCCUCACCAUGUCUGCUGCCUCCAGACAAGGUCGUUCCAGGAUCCCACCUGCAGCCAACAGCAGCAGGUACAGCACUCGCAGCCGGCUGUACACUGCCCCGAUGCAGGCCAUCUCUGAAGGAGAGACUGAAAACUCGGAUGGAAGCCCACAUGAUGACCGCUCCUCCUAGUGGUGUAUUUUUGUUUUUUUUACCACAACACAGAACAAAACAACAAAUCCCUCAUAAUUUGAAAAAAAAAUUAAAUGAUGAAAAAACAUAUCUUGACUGAAAUAUGUGAUAUACAGACAUUUAUAUAAUUUUAUCCCAACAAAUCUUAAGAUCUUCAGAAGAAAAAG